UCGGCCCGCCAUGGCCGCGGCCCGGCGCAGGCUGUCCGUGGGGCUGGGGCUGGCCGGGCUGGCCUGCGCGCUCCUGGGGGGCUGCCUGCUGCUCGCGGGGCCGCGCAUCGUCCGCCGGCAGGUCAUCCAGAACGUCAGGAUCGACCCCAACAGCAUCUCCUUCCAAAUGUGGAAAGACAUCCCUGUUCCUUUCUACUUGACGGUGUAUUUCUUUGAAGUGCUGAACCCCAAGCAGGUCCUGCGGGGCGAGAAGCCGGUGCUGAGCCAGCGUGGGCCCUACGUGUACAGGGAGUACAGGUUUAAAACUAACAUCACCUUCUAUGACAACGAUACCGUUUCCUACCUGGAGUACCGGCACCUUUUCUUCCAGCCAGACCUGUCCAACGGCACGGAGGACGAGUACAUUGUUGUGCCAAACAUCAUGAUGAUGGGAGCAGCUGUGAUGAUGGAAAAACUGCCAGCUUUUGUGAAGUUUUUACUGAGUGGAGCCCUGGCCAGCCUGAAGCAGGAGGCGUUCAUGAACCGGACGGUGGGGGAGAUCAUGUGGGGCUACGAUGACCCCCUCAUAGACGCCAUCAACUUGAUUGUUCCUGGCCUGCUCCCUUUCAAGGGGAAGUUUGGAUUAUUCAUGGAUUUUAACAACUCCAACUCAGGGCUGUUCACCGUGAACACAGGCGUGAAGAACAUCAGUCAAGUCCACAUGGUGGAUUCGUGGAAUGGGAUGAAGAUGGUGAACUACUGGCGGAGCAGCCAGUGCAACAUGAUCAACGGGACAGCGGGGGAGAUGUGGCCACCCUUCCUGUCCCCAACCUUCCUGGACUUCUACAGCCCUGAUGCCUGCAGAUCCAUGAGGCUGGUGUACGAGCAGUCGGGGGACUUCAAGGGUGUGCCCACCUAUCGCUUCGUGGCACCCAAAACCCUCUUUGCCAACGGCACAGACUACCCACCCAACGAGGGCUUCUGCCCCUGCAUGCAGUCUGGCAUCCUGAACGUCAGCACCUGUAGGCUCAAUGCGCCGAUGUUCAUUUCCCACCCUCACUUCUACAACGCCGACCCAUCCCUGGUGAAUGCAGUGGAAGGCCUGCACCCCAACAAGGACCAGCACGGGCUUUUCCUCGAUCUGCACCCUAUGACAGGCAUCCCCAUGAACUGCUCCAUCAAGCUCCAGCUGAACCUGUACAUAAAGCAUGUGUCUGGUAUCACUCAAACAGGGAAGAUUAAGCCAGUGGUCCUGCCGCUGCUGUGGUUUGCAGAGAGCGGAUCCAUCGAGGGCUCGGUCCUAAAGCAGUUUUACACCAACCUGGUGCUGCUCCCGUCGGUGCUGGAGUACCUGCAGUACACCCUCCUUGGCCUGAGUGUCCCUCUCAUUAUCUCAGCAGCUGUGCUCAUGGCAGUGAGGAAGGGAAGCAUCGCCGAGAAGAGCCCUGGUCCCUGCAGCACGCAGAGCAAAGCCACCCCCUCCUCUGAGACCACGCCACUGCUGUGUGACAGCCCCGAGGCCUGAGCCACCCCCAGCACGCUUCCCACGGGGACAGCUCCUCCCUGGGACACCCUCCUGCUGGGACAGCUCCCCACUGGGACACAGCCACGCUGCAGGUGAUGCUGCUUUGGGUCCCCAGAGCUCUCUGGGAGAUGAAGUCGUGGACAGCUCGGCCAAGAUCCUGCACAGCAAAACCAUGGGACAGUGAUGCUGCUCAGCAUACCUGCUCAUCCAGAAGCCUCAACACUGUUCCAGAACCCGUUUGUCCCCAAGGGCCAGCCUGAGCCACUGCUCUUCUCUCCAGUGGAAUGAAGAUGGUUGCUGACUGAUCUGAGAAGUUAUUUGCAAUUUAAAACUGCCUAUUGCUAGGGAUAAAAUGCACUCUAAUGGCAGCCUUUAAAAUAAAUGAGGUUUGUAUAGGUAGCACUGAUGGGAUUUAGUGAUCUUUUUAAAAGCCACUGUUCAUCUCACCAAAUGGGACACGCUGUCCUGCAGCCACUCACAGUUUUAUUGCCACUUUUGGACUACACUGCAAAUCAUUUCUGGGCUCUGUCACUUCAGUGAUAUCUCUUGCCACAGUACCUGGAGCCUGCCUGGGGCUGCUCCAGCUUUUGCUCGUGUUGGAGAGGAGUGGUGACUUUCAAAGGCCCAGCUCUGUGCCAUGCCCUUGUGCUGCACAGCAAUUCCAGCUCACAGCCCUGUUACUUAAUCUCUCCUGGCUGUAGGUGCUGUGUGAGAUGAGCCUUGGCAAAAGCUUGGUGGUCCAUGUGAGGUGUCACUCAGCUCCUGGCAGUUGUCCCUGCUGCCUGCUCUGCCAUCUGGGACCAGCUCUUCUGGUUGUGGCCAUCAGCACUGGGAGGCACUGGUCACCCUGGCUGACCAUGGGAGGGGGGAGCUUCGCCCUGUCCUUGUGUGUUAAUGAAGAUAUUUGUGCUUUUGGGAAGCAGGAAUGAGUGCAAUCCUGAAAGUAACCAUGGCCUUAAGUAGGGUUUGAUUAAAGUAUUGCAGAUUUCUGAAA